AAGUAUGGGAUAAUCAUGACACUCCACUUUGAGCCGUAAUCAUGUCCUUCAAGUUGUUUCUACGCCUGUUUAUGGUAUUUGUGGUAGUGUCAGUCAUAUCGACAGCAAGGAAUCCUUGGAGGAAGAAGGGUAAAGAACUUCCUUGUCAGUCGAUGCCGUGUCAAAAUGGAGGGACGUGCACCAAUACAGACACGUCAUACACGUGCACGUGUAACGAAGGUUGGAGUGGACAGGAUUGUUCAAUUAAAAUUCCUGCGUGCCAGUCGAUGCCGUGUCAAAAUGGAGGGACGUGCACCAAUACUGACACGUCAUACACGUGCACGUGUAACGAAGGUUGGAGUGGACAGGAUUGUUCAAAUUUUGAUGGCGUUUUUAAGUACGAGUACGCGUUGAUGAUAAUGUUGAAUCACUUUUACGCAUCCACUGAAUCCUCACUGAUUUACAUGACAACGAGUACCUCAGCAACCAUAGAAAUCUCGACCUCAAACAAUCUAGAGCCCUCUCUGAAAACAGCCAUUGAUCAAACCUUGUUUUUUGCCUCGGAACUAAAAGUUGCUCUGCCUCCUGAAAUGCAAAGCAUCUCCUUCCAGAAAGAGUUAAAAGCAGUGAAAAUUCGCUCAACAGAGCCCCUUUCUGUUGUUCUCUUUGACAACAACUAUUUACAAUCCAACGACGGUACUCUGAUUUCUCCAGUAAAAAAACUCAAAACUCGGUAUUUGGUAGCUUCUUCUGAACCUCGCUUUGCCAGACACCCGGUUUACGCCAGUUUGUUUGGUGUAGCUGCAUUGGAGGACGAAACAUUAGUGACGAUAAACUUUAAACUGGGCAAUAAUUCAAUGCCUCUGACUAUCAACGGACAAAACUACAGCGAUUCAGACACCUUCGAAAUAUCCCUGAACAAUUUGGAGACUCUGCAAAUGGAACAUAGCACCGAUCUCUCGGGAACCUUAGUCGAGUCUUCUAAACCUGUAGCAGUGUUUUCUGGAAACAGAUGCAACAUGUUUCCAGAAUCGAUCAGAUGUAGUCAUUUUCUGGAACAAAUGAUCCCGACAGCGGACUGGGGAUCUUCAUAUAUUGUACCAGCUGAUUUCAGCAGUGAUGGUACUCUGGUGAGCUUAAUGACCGACCAGUCAUCGACUGAACCUACAACUAUUAGAGUAGGUGAUAGUUCGCAAACAAUAAACGUUCUUCCCCGAGCACCGUAUCAGUUUUCUUUAAAGGCGAACGAAUCAGCUUUCAUUUCCGGCCGUGUGUUCGUGUCCAGCUUUGCGAAAGGAAACAUAAACAAACCCAAUGCCGGUUCUCCAUACAUGGUUACGAUUCCGAAUACUGUUCAAUCCAAGAGUCAGUAUCUCAUCCCAAUCCCUGAAGGCUACUUGACCAACUACGUCACGAUUACGACCGAAGGAAACAUAAAAUCUUAUCUUCGUCUAAAUGGGCAAGCGGUAGAAGAAGGAAAGAUUCGGUUCGAAUACAAUGAUGAUGUCUCCAUCCUGACCUUGGAAGUCUCUCCUGGUAUGUUGGACAUAAUGUCCACUUCAGGAUCAAAGUUCGGACUGGUGGUCUUUGGCUAUCGGUAUUUCGAUUCCUACGGAUUUGCAGCCAACAGUGUUCCUUGAUAAUAAAAUUGUUCCAACAAUCAUUUUCAUUUUUGUGAAAAAGAAAUCUUCAUGUUAUCAUGAAUAUUAAACUGAUGCAAAUCUUCAAA